CUCGCGCUUCACGGUGGUUGUAGGUAGGCAGGCAGUAAGCAGGAAGAAUUAUUUUGAGUCGCGCGGUUCCCAUCAAAGCUAAAGCUAAAGGCUAAAGGGUAGUCCUAAAGCUUCUUGGUCUAUCCUUGUAUGUUCCUUAUUCAGCUAUAGGCUAAACCCUCCUCUUGAUUAUUUAAGGUGGAUUUCUGCUUCUUCCCUAGUUAUGAUGACAUAAAAUUCCCAAACAAACUUGAAGGUGAUUUACAUAUCCUCACUUUUGCAGCAUCUACUUAGACUGCAUUCCAUCCAAAGCAUGUCUGGAGAAUCUUCUGAGCAGCCGAAGAAAAGAGGUCGACCAAGUCAUUCUCCAACCGACAACCGAAAGACGAACAAGAGAAUCACUGAUAAAAAAGCUCGACAAGAAAUCAGGGACAUUGUAGUGGAACUUACAAAAGCGGGCCCGACUCUUAAGCAGCUCUUGGAAGCCUUUAGAAGCAUCAAUGGAGACGACUUGCUGCAGACAGUUAGUUAUAUACUGGAUGCAAUAGAGAGAAGGAAAGGAGUGCAGUGGCAGCAGGAUGAAGAGGGAAAUAGCAUGCCGUGCAUUCAGGAGAUUAAGGACGCAAUAAGCGAGGCAGUAAGCAAGGAAGUAUCGCCUCUUCGAAAUGACCUGCAGAGCGUUAUGCAGCCCUCGUUUGGAGGACCUCAGAAUGGAUUUUUGAUGACUUCCCAAACACCGGGUUCCCAAUGGCAUCAGAAUACGGUGCAGUCAGCUGCUCCUCCUGAACAGCAAAAUGAUCAGUUCAAUUACCUAAUCAACUCUUUGGAUCACUCUAUACUUGUCGAGGGGUUUUGGGGAGAACUGGGGACUAACAGUACUAUGUGUCCAACUAGUACUUGUGAUGAGAAUGGAGAAAAGUUUGAUGAUGAGCAAGUGAAAGAAUUUCUCGACGGAUUUGAGGGUAAUACCAAAAGACAAGUAGAAUAUUCAAACUUCAAAGGGUUGCAAGAAGAAUAUUUGAACAAUUUAGUGGUGCACAAGUGCUUUCCUUCUUUUCUGGAUCCUAUAAUUCAGAAAAUAAAGAAUGCACAUGGGGAUAUUACAGAAAAGAGCAAACUCAGCAGCUGUGCAGCUGGUCCUACGCUUGUCAUAUUCUAUACCACGAUAAAGGAGAUGAAUGAGGUGAUAAAGGUAGAGGAUGUUACCCUAGAUAAGUUGGAAGUUUGGAGAGAUGCAAUCUGUGAUGCUCGGCAGAUCAAUAUGGAGGUUGAAUUUGCAAUGCAGCACUUGAUGAAGAUUGCUUAUGCUUAUUUUGCUUCAAAGACAGUUGAUCCAAAAAUUUAUGAUGAAAAAAAGCGAUUAGAGGAGGAGUUGCGGCGGAUAUCUACGAAGAUUGAACUGCAUGAAAAGUGUCAAUCUGAAGCCAAAAUUUUCAUUGACAAGCCUCUUAACACGGGUCUUUUCCUAUAGUCUUUACUUGCUAUUUAUGCAAUAAUCUUAGCAUUAGGCAUUGUGUAAUACCUCUACCCGUAUUUAUUGCCGGAAUAGGGUACGAGGCAUUACCGGAGUUUACGAAUUAAUUUUUUUUUAUAUUCGAUAUAGCCCCUUUAUAAA